AACAACUAGAAAAGGGUGCACCAUUUCCUGUUAAUUUCAAACACAUUUGGCAUUUCAUAACAUCUCAAGUAUUCUAUAAACAAAUGUGUUUUAUGGGCUUUUUAUCCCAAACGUCCCCUCACUUCUUGGACAGUUAGUCUAUAGAAAAACAUUUAAUUUAAUCACCUUGAACACAACUGAAAAUGACAAGUAUUUUGUUUCAGAAUAAAUGUGAUACUAUCAGGGAUUCUCAUUAGCUACAUACAUUUGCAACACUUUAAAAGUUAUUAAAAAUAGCAUCAACAUUACCUCAAAAUCAACCUUUAGACAUUGCACACGAUGACCUCCUGGAUCAGGAAAAUUUUGUAGUGCUUAGUGACAAACAGGUGUUUAGGAAAGUGCUGUGGUAGUGUAAACUCUAGCUACAUACAUCAAAUGCAACAAACAGUUUAAUACAUACUCUGUUUGCCUGCUUCAAUGCUGGAAGGGCUUGCUCAAUUGUCUCGCUCUAAGCCUAGACCAACGUGGACAGGUGUGCAUCUCUAAAAAUCCUGAACUCGCAUGAAUGCGUUUGUGAUUAAUAGGAGGAAACAGUAAGUCCCGCCCACGUGGGCAGGUCCAGCGCAGCAAUUAUAUUAACGCCAGCUGGUGCACACAGUUCUCCCAUGAGGACUUUUUAACUGAUACGAAGUUAUAAGUCUGGUUUCUUUCAUACCGCUGACUGAGACUAAGCACUUUUUUUGCUCUUCAAAACAAACUGCUCAGGUUAAAGUGUUAGAGACACCUGACAAUGAAGUUGGAGGUUUUCUCUGCCAGUCGCCUUGUGGACAAGCCGCGGGACCUGUGCAAUGACAUGGAUGUGAACAUGGCAUCACCGCUCUCCACCGAGGAGGAACUGGGCUCUGAUGGAGACUGCUCAGCCAACAGCCCACAACCGAGUGCCCCCGUUUCUGACGGGAAGGCAAAGCCAUAUACGCGUCGACCCAAACCACCAUACUCAUAUAUCGCGCUCAUUGCAAUGGCCAUACGCGAUUCCACCACCGGCCGCCUCACACUUGCUGAAAUAAACGACUACUUAAUGAAAAAAUUCCCGUUUUUCCGGGGCAGCUACACCGGGUGGAGAAACUCCGUACGGCAUAACCUGUCAUUAAACGACUGUUUUUUAAAAGUGCUGCGAGACCCCUCACGUCCAUGGGGAAAAGACAACUAUUGGAUGUUAAACCCACAAAGCGAGUACACGUUCGCAGACGGCGUGUUCCGCCGCAGGAGGAAGCGCAUCAGUAAGAAGAUCCUGAACAGCUCAGAAUGUCAGGAGCGCGUGCCUGCGGAUGACAGCCAGCUCCCAGCGCGCGACGAAAGCACUUGUUCUACAUUUUCCAGCUCGUUCGCCAUAGACAGCAUCCUCCGUAAACCGUUUAUGCAGAGGGAGCAAAGCACGGAGGGCGCGUGUGUCGGUACCAGGAUAAUGCUGUCAGCAGCUCCGCACUUUCUGCCUUUUGUCAUGGGCUAUCAAUCAUCCACCGUGGCUUGUGCGCAGCACACCGGAUUUCAGGUCAGUUCUGAGGUGUCUCAUGCCUUUCCCGUCUACCGGUGUGAUGGGACGGACAUCACUAACAUGAGUUGCAUGUCGGACAUACCGAAUUCCCUUCCGGGAUUGACGCGCUCUCACUCUGCUGUACAAGAGGCUGGAUAUCACCCCUUCAGAAUAGACUCUCUGCUGUCGUGAAGUAGCCGAAAAAACGAACCAGUGAACCUACGGACAGUCACUCAUACUCAAACACACCAAUUAUGUGCACUUUCUUCUUUUAAAUGGUGUGAAAAUGUUUGUGUUUUUAUCGUGAUUUACGCGCAUGCACAAGAAUGUAUGCCUACUGCUCUUUAGAUGUUUAGAUAUAGGCUAUAUCAAUGGCGCACCAGUGUAAAGUGUUUACUGAUUCCAUGUUCGUUUCUUGUAAACGAUGCCAUAAUCAUGCCAGCAAUUAUGGAGAGAAUAUGUGUUUAAAUGUAGUCUGUUUCUUUGCGAAACUGUGUACCCUGUUUUAUAUGGGUAUAGGCCUACGUUUGUUGCAAUGACAAUGUUUGUGCUCAGUCAGGUUAACAACAUGCCAGUUACCUUCAGAUGUACUUUGGUCAAUAAAGGAAAAAAUUUGUGAGAACAAAA